CCCAAGCAGAACUAGGGAAAGGCUGGGGGCAGCGGGGUACUCGGACGCCAAGGGCAGAGGCAUGCGCGCAGAAAGCCGUCUCUGCCCACAACCAAGAUGGCCGCGGAAGGGGCGGGAGUUCCUCACUUCCGGCUUCUGAGGCCUCUCUUUCUCUCCUCGUGGCCCCACUCUCGAUGGUGAUACGGGUCACGUGACGGGGGCGUGGGUGGUGGCGUGUUCUCCAACUCUGCAGGAAAACCAGCCUUCAAGGCCCGGAGGGGAGGGGGCUCGGCCUCCGACGGGGAGGGACGGUGACAUGUCUCUCGAAGACCCGUUUUUUGUAGUUCGAGGGUGAGUAACAGUGAUGGAGGAGGGCAGAGGUUUCUCGGACCCCUGCCACACAGUGCCCGGAUGCAGGCCGCAGCAUGCCAAGCGGUCUUGGGGUGUGCGGGUGGGGAUCACCCGGUGGUCGUGGGCGAGGUACGCAGGGUGAUGUGGGGGUCCUCUGAGCCCCCAGUCAUUUGGGGGCGCAGCGGCGGGCUGGAGGCCCUCCUGCCCCACAGACGCGCCCGCUGUGCUCCUGCCUGCAGCGAGGUGCAGAAGGCAGUGAACACAGCCCGGGGGUUGUACCAGCGCUGGUGUGAGCUCCUGCAGGAGGGCGCCGCGGUCGGACGCGAGGAGCUGGACUGGACGACCAAUGAGCUGCGAAAUGGCCUGCGCAGCAUCGAGUGGGACCUCGAAGACCUGGAGGAGACCAUCGGCAUAGUGGAAGCCAACCCAGGCAAGUUCAGGCUCCCAGCUGGGGACCUGCAAGAGAGAAGGGUGUUCGUGGAGCGGAUGCGGGAGGCGGUCCAGGAAAUGAAGGACCAUAUGGUCAGCCCAGCAGCCAUAGCCUUCAUGGAGAGAAAUAAUAGAGAGAUGCUGACCUGCAAGCCAGCUGCCCAGAAGUCAUCCAGUGACCUGCUGGAUGCCAGCAUGGUCUCGGCCACUUCUCGCUACAUUGAGGAGCAGCAGGCUACGCAGCAGCUGAUCAUGGACCAACAGGAUGAACAGCUGGAAAUGGUGUCUGGGAGCAUCCGGGUUCUGAAACACAUGUCUGGCCGCGUUGGGGAGGAGCUGGAUGAGCAGGGCAUCAUGCUGGAUGCCUUUGCUCAUGAGAUGGACCACACCCAGUCCCGGAUGGAUGGGGUCCUCAGGAAGAUGGCCAAAGUAUCCCACAUGACAAGUGACCGCCGACAGUGGUGUGCAAUUGUGGUGCUGUUGGGGGUACUUCUCCUGGUUCUCAUCCUGCUCUUCUCUCUCUGACCCUGGCCCUCCCAGGGGGCUGCUCCAAGCUGGGGGAGCUUGCAGGGCCCUGCCCCCUGGGAGGAGGGUGUCAUGCCUGGGGAGCUGUCCCAAGACUCUCACCUAGAGCCAGUGGGACCCAAAGGGCCCUGGGUCAGAGGCCCCGCCACUGGUCCUCUCUUAAGUGCACUUAGGGGAUGGUGGAGGUAGGGGGACUUCAGACACACCCCACCCAUUUCUAUUUCUAGUGCCCCAAAGCCAUUUAUUCGCCCCUGUGCCUUCUACAUGUGCCAACUUAGAAAUAAAAUCCCAGCCUUUUUUAUACAUA